CCCCAAAUCUCUUUCUUUUUUUUUAUUUUCUCUUCCCCACUCUUUCUCCCUCACCAGUCACAGUAUCCUCCUUAACUUUUCAAGCGGUUUUAUUAACCCAAAAAAAAAGAAAAACACAUCACAGCAACUAGGCUCAAUGAAGAUGAGGGUUAUAUUAGAGUAACGCAAAAAAAAAGCUGAUUGAUGAAAAGCUGAAAGUUUUAUUUUAAAGAUAAAGUUCAGAAAGCUGGGAACCGAAAGAUGUUGCCUUUUCCUUCUCCUCCAUGUUCUCUCUCUUUCUCUCUUUUCCUUUCUCUCUCCUCCCAAAUCUCUCCCAACUGAAACACACUACACUCAUCAUUAGAUUUUAGAGUUAAUACUACAUCUCUUAACCUGUGACCUUUUUGUAUCAUAUUAUUCCACUAAACCCUUGAAAUUAAAAACACAUACAAACGAUCAAAACAACAGCAAAAAAAAAAAACACCCCCCAAAUGUUAGGCGGUUCUUCAUCCUCUUCAGCUCCUUCUUCUGAGCACGUCAACGUUAGUAGUAGUCCGACGGACAACGGCAAUAGCAGCAAGCGCAAACGUCGGCCUGCGGGAACUCCAGAUCCAGAUGCGGAGGUUGUAUCGCUAUCACCGAAGACACUCCUAGAAUCGGACAGAUACGUCUGCGAGAUCUGCAAUCAAGGAUUUCAAAGAGACCAGAACUUGCAGAUGCACAGAAGGCGGCAUAAAGUGCCGUGGAAGUUGUUGAAGAGAGAAAAUCCGGUGGUUCGGAAGCGGGUUUUUGUAUGCCCAGAACCUACCUGUCUCCACCACGACCCAUGCCAUGCACUUGGCGAUCUUGUUGGAAUCAAAAAACACUUCCGCCGUAAGCACAGCAACCAUAAACAAUGGGUCUGUGAUAAGUGCUCUAAAGCUUACGCUGUUCAAUCUGAUUAUAAAGCUCAUCUCAAAACAUGCGGCACUCGCGGCCACUCUUGUGAUUGUGGCCGCGUUUUCUCCAGAGUUGAAAGCUUCAUUGAACACCAAGACGCUUGCCACAUGGGCCGUCUCCGUUGUAGCGAUCAUCAUCAUCAUCAUCCAAGUAAUCCAAAUCAACCAUCACAUCAGCAGCAACAGCAGCAACAGCAGCAACAGCAGCCAACUGUCUGUCUGUCACGCGCUGCUUCGAGCUCAAGUCCAUCGAAUGAUACGACUAAUAACAUCACUGUUGCCGGUCCGUGGACAACCAAUGGCAUAACGAUGGCAAAGCCCUCGGUUGCAGAGAAUAACCUUCACAAUUUGGAGCUCCAACUCUCAGUUUCUCCCAAAGCUGCUGAUCAUGAGAACCACUCAACUCAACUUCAGCUAUCUAUUGGCUCCACCUCCGACGUGGGCGAAAAGAACACUACAGAAACUAACUCAAACAAUAAAGCUUCCACGUCAAGUCCGGCCUCGAAUAAUAAUAACACGGCAACGCUCAAGGAACAAGCUAGCGAGCAACUGAGGCUGGCGAUGGCGGAGAAAGCGUAUGCUGAGGAUGCAAGAAGAGAGGCGAAGCGUCAUGUUGAGUUGGCGGAGAGAGAGUUUGCUAACGCUAAGCGUAUUAGGCAACAAGCGCAAGCCGAAUUAGAUAAAGCUCAGGCACUCAAAGAGCAUGCUAUGAAACAGAUCAGCUCCACUCUCAUGCAAAUUACUUGUCAUGCGUGUAAACAACAGUUUCAUGCCUCAAUGAUGAUGACGACGACGACAAUGACAACGGCAACAACAAUGUCUUGUGCUCCGCAGAUUGACGAUCAGAACAGCUCUCUCGCUGAAAGCCAGGUUGUGGAUGACAACAACCUGCACUAAUUCAUACCAUGUAAAACCUCGUUAAAAUAUGUCUCUAAUUCGUGAUUGCUUUCAUUUUAGAGGCAUUAACUGAUGAGAUCAUAUGAAUGGAGUGGCUAUAUUAUGAUAGUAUAGUAUCUACGAAUGCGUUAGUAACACGGUGUUCAUUGUUGGCUUUUUUUUUUUCUUUUUUUUUUUUGGUGGGGGUGGGGGAAUGUUUGUCCAUUUGUUAAUUAGUUCGACAAAAUCAUAGAUUAAAUAAUAAGUAGAGAUUUGCCUUCAUUAAGGAUGUUUUUGUUCCCUAAUGUAUGGUAUUUAAUUUUGUAAUAUGGAAUAUGAUAAGGUGUUGUAAUGUUCCCUUCAUUGUGUCAAAAACAUUUUAUUAAAUAGGAGCUUGUAAAAGGAUGAUGAGAUGGAUCUGUUAAAUAAACUGGGUCCAUUUUUUU